AUGAGCGAACCGAAGACCGGAACAGAUGCCGAAUUACAAGCAGCUCGAGAGACGUCACCUCCUCCAGAAGUCCGAGCAAUAGACGAUGAUGUUGUCUCGAUACCCAACUGGCGAAAAUGGGUCAUCCUCUUUGUCGUCUGUUGGAUGCCUCUGCCCAUGACCUUCUGGAGUACAGCCAUCAUGCCUGCUACCAUCGAAGUAGCCUCUGAACUCAACGUACCCUUGACUACCAUUAGCACAGUCAACGCUGGAGUCUUUGUAGCGCAAGCUCUGUCGGGGCUGAUCUGGUUGCCUAUCAGCACUAUCAUCGGUAGGAAAUCCGCCUACCUUGCUGCAAAUGCUGUGCUUUGCCUUUGUGCAAUUGGAUGCGCUGUGGUGCCGAAUAUGGCUGGGUUCGCAUCUCUUUGGGUCAUUGGUGGAACUGCAGGGCCGUUCUUUUUGGUGGCGGGACAAACUAUCCUUGCCGAUAUCUUUGAUCCUACGUCUCGUGGGACAGCUGUAGGCUUCUUUCUGGGGAGCUGUGUUUCUGCCAAUUCUAUUGCACCCUUGAUUGGUAGUGUAAUCGCUACAUUCACAAGCUGGAGGGUCAUAUUCGGCGUGGAAGCCGGCAUGUCUCUCCUGGGUCUAAUUCUUUCGCUCUUAUUCAUCCCUCGGUCAAGUGAAGUUGAGAAUCCAAAGCUCGCCAAGCCUCGGCCUAGGACAAGGAAAGAGAUUGUGCAAGCAUUCAAUCCUAUGCGUGUCUUUAGCCAAUACGCAUACCCCAAAGUCAUUAUAGCUAAUAUCGCUUGUGGUUUCUUGGGCUUCAACCAAUAUGGUCUUCUCAGCUCUAUUCGUCGUGUCAUCAACCCUCGUUUCAAUCUCACCACUCCUCUCUCCAGUGGCUUAUUCUAUCUUGCCCCAGGUUCGGGCUUUCUUAUCGGAAGCACGGUGGGUGGCAAAAUUUCUGAUGUGGUGGUCAAGAGAUAUAUACGCAAGCGAAACGGAGAAAGGCGUCCCGAAGAUCGGUUGAACAGCAGCUUGCCCAGCGUUCUGAUCAUUUUGCCUUUGGGAACUCUGCUCUAUGCAUGGAGUGUGCAGCAAGUGCGUCCUACACACAGAACUGCUGUGAUUACGGGCAAGUAUGUUAUUCAGUACUGCUUCGGCGCCAUGAGUGUUGGUGGGCUAGUCCCUAUGAUCGACGGCAUUGGAGUGGGUUGGGCGUUUACCGUCAAUUUAGCAGAACAUGGAAACAGUAAAACAUGUUUCAUCUGGUGA